GCACACACUUUCUGGGAAGCUCUUUUGCCUAUACUUCCCAGUUGACUGCUUCCUGUCACACCCAGGCUUCUGGGGUUACUGAGGGUAUAAAUUGCUUUGUGCAUUCAGCCCAGCCAGAGCCAACAUGAAGACACCCACAGUCUUGGUUUUGGUGGUUUUGAUCGCCACUGUGAUGGACACGGCCUAUCCUCUGUCUUCUUCAGGAAGAUUGCAGAAACCUGGAGCUUGUCCCAAAGUGCCCCCAAACACUGUUGGAGUGUGUGUUGAGAGGUGCUCUGGAGAUGAUUCCUGCCCUGGGAAAAUGAAGUGCUGCAGCAAUGGGUGUGGUCAUGUCUGCAAAGCUCCUGUUUCCUAAACGACUGGCAGCCCUGAGGAGGACGGAUUCGAUGCUUAUAAGCCUGACUGAAGAUCAGCCCCAAAAGAUUCUGAAUCCAAGGAGCCCGCCUGCUACUCCCUCUUCCUAG